AUGUAUCUUUUGGCGUAUCCCUCCCCCUAUGUAGUCAGGUAUUCGCUGAACUCUCGUUAUCGUGUAUUAAAUCUCGUAUAUUUAUUCUGGCCCCCCUCUGCAUCUGCAUGGGUUUCUCAUAUCGGCUUGCACCGAAUAUCUGGAACCAAAACGUCCCCACGCAUAGAUUUCAAUCUCGGCGUCGCAUUGAAGAUUCCGCUUACAUACUGUUCCGAACAAGGGUAUCAUCCACACUUGGGGCUGCCUCUGAACGACCCACGCUAUCCCUGUCUCCUCGCCUUAAGGGACUCCUGGGUCUGGUUCCACAUCACUCAUAUACCUUGUGCUUCUUGGUUCGCACUGUAA